AUGUUUUUGUAUAAUCUAAGCCUACAAAAGGCCUCAGGCAUUACUCAUGCCAUCACCGGUAGCUUUUCUGGAACAAAGCAACAAGAAAUUGUCGUUGCGAAGGGAAAGUUACUUGAGAUAAUGCGUGUCGAUCCAGCCUCUGGUAAACUGUUUACUUUGCUCUCUACGGAAGUUUUUGGCAUCAUUCGGUCUAUCAUGCCGUUCCGCUUAACAGGCGGCUCGAAAGAUUAUAUCGUUAUUGGUUCUGAUUCUGGUCGAAUUGUUGUGCUAGAGUAUAUUCCCACAAAGAAUAUUUUUAAAAAAAUCCAGCAAGAGACCUAUGGGAAAAGUGGAUGUCGUCGUAUAAUUCCUGGCCAAUAUUUAGCAGUUGACCCAAAAGGACGAGCUCUGAUGGUCGGAGCUGUUGAAAAACAGAAGCUAGUUUACGUUAUGAACCGUGAUUCGCAAGCUAGACUGACUAUUUCGUCUCCACUUGAGGCUCAUAAAUCAAACACUUUUGUAUAUCACAUUGUUGGUGUAGAUGUUGGUUUUGAAAAUCCCACCUUUGCAUGUAUUGAGAUGGAUUACGAGGAAGCUGAUCAGGACCCAACUGGUGAAGCUGCAAGAUCGGCUCACCAGCUGCUUACCUAUUAUGAAUUGGAUCUUGGUUUAAAUCAUGUCGUUAGGAAGUACUCAGAACCACUGGAAGAGCAUGCAAACUUCUUGAUCACAGUACCCGGUGGUAAUGAGGUACAUUCUGGUAUCCUUAUUUGCUCCGAAAAUUACAUCACUUAUAAGAAUUUUGGUGACGAACCAGAUAUUCGUUGUCCCAUUCCCCAAAGACACAAUGAUCUUGAUGAUCCUGAUAGAGGUAUCCUGUUUGUCUGCAGUGCUACUCACAGAACAAAGAAAGUCCUCUUCUUCCUUGUGCAAACAGAACAGGGUGAUAUAUUCAAGAUAAACCUUGAAAAGGAUAAGGAAACUGUUACUGAAAUACGUUUAAAGUACUUUGAUACUGUUCCGGUGGCAACAGCUAUGUGUGUACUCAAGACCGGAUUCCUUUUUGUCGCUUCGGAGUUUGGAAACCAUCAUCUUUAUCAAAUUGCCCACCUUGCUGAUAAUGAUGACGAGCCUGAAUUUUCAUCAACUAUGCCUCUCGAGGAAGGUGACACGUUCUACUUCACUCCUCGUCCCUUGAAAAACUUAGUCGAGGUGGAUACUCUGGAGAGCCUUUCUCCUAUCAUCGAUCUACACGUUGCCGACUUGGCUAAUGAGGACACUCCCCAAAUGGCAGUCCUUUGUGGUCGUGGGCCAAGAUCGACGUUUAGGCUGCUCAGGCAUGGCUUAGAGGUUACAGAAAUGGCGAAAUCUGAUCUUCCAGGUAGUCCAAAUGCUGUCUGGACGGUAAAGCGCAGUUCUGAAGAGGAAUACGACUCCUUCAUUGUGGUCUCAUUCGUUAAUGCAACUCUAGUACUCUCUAUCGGUGAAACUGUCGAAGAAGUAACAGAUUCUGGAUUCUUGGGUACUACACCAACCCUGACUUGUUCUCAGCUAGGAGAUGAUGCUCUGGUCCAAAUCUACCCCGACGGUAUUCGUCACAUUCGAGCAGAUAAACGAAUCAAUGUAUGGCGUACUCCUGGAAAGAAGAUUAUUCAAAGAUGUGCGGUGAAUCGUAGACAAGUGGUUAUUGCUCUGACCGGGGGUGAAUUAGUAUACUUUGAAAUGGAUGCCACGGGACAGUUAAAUGAGUACACGGAAAGGAAGGAGAUGCCUGCUGAUGUCAUUUGUAUGGCUCUUGGACGUAUCCCGCAGAACGAACAACGCUCGAGAUUCCUGGCUGUUGGUCUUGCUGAUAAUACCGUCAGGAUUCUUUCGCUGGAUCCAUCCGAUUGUCUUACACCGUUGACCAUGCAAGGUCUUCCAACAGCCGCAGAAUCACUUUGUAUUGUUGAGAUGGGAGCCAGUGAAUCCGAGAAUGGGGGCAACAGUAGUGGUGGGAUCAUCUACCUCAACAUCGGUCUCAACAAUGGUGUCCUCUUCCGUGUCGUACUUGACCCCGUAACUGGAGAGCUCACGGAUACUCGUACUCGCUAUUUAGGCGCCAGUCCUCUAAAACUAUUCCGGGUAUCUAUGCAAGGGGGAGAGGCUGUACUUGCAGUGUCCAGUCGUUCAUGGCUCUCAUAUAUGUAUCAGAGCCGGUUCCAUAUCAUUCCACUCUCCUAUGAGGCUCUGGAAUAUGCUUCUGGUUUCUCCUCGGAACAGUGUCCUGAAGGCAUUGUUGCAAUCUGCGAAAAUUCCUUGAGAAUUUUGGCAUUGGAGAAACUCGGAGCUGUGUUUAAUCAGAAUAGCACCCUUCUCAAAUAUACUCCACGUCGUUUUGUUUUCCAUCCUGAGUCUAACAAUGCCUUCAUCAUUGAAACGGAUCACAACGCUUACACUGAUGAUGUUAAGGAGGAAAGACAAAAGGAAAUGGGUGAUCGUCUAUUGGCUGCUCAGACUGAUGUGCAUGAAAAGGAAAAGAUGGCUGAAUUUUUGUCUCGUCCAUUGCCUGAGGAUCAAUUCGGUGCUCCUAAAGCUGGGCCGGGUAUGUGGGCCAGUCUUCUUCGUAUUCUCAAUCCUCUCAAUGGGGAGACACUGCAGCUCUGCGCAUUUUCGCAGAAUGAGGCGGCUCAUGCUAUCACUAUGGCUACGUUUACUAAUCGUCCUGGCGAGUACUUUGUGAUCGUGGCCAUCUCGAAGGAUCUGGUACUUAAUCCUCGUAGCUGCACUAAUGGUGUUCUACGUACCUACCGUACUACUCCCACCGGAGACCGUCUAGAAUUCGUCCACGACACUCCUGUCGAAGACUAUCCCUCAGCUCUAUGUGCCUAUCAAGGACGUCUUCUAGCCGGUAUUGGCAAUCGUUUGAGACUCUAUGAUAUGGGCAAGAAGAAACUGCUCAAAAAGAGUGAAAAUAGACAUUUCCCCAAUCUAAUCAACGGGAUCUACGCAAUCGGUCAACGUAUCAUUGUAACUGAUGUGCAAGAGAGCCUCUUUUGGGUUCGAUAUAAACCGCGGGCGGACAUUCAGCUGGUGAUAUUUGCCGAUGAUGCCAGUCCACGUUGGGUCACUCAGCUGGCAAUUUUGGACAACUCGACAGCCGCGGUGGCUGAUAAGUUUGGAAAUAUCAUAAUUCUUCGCUUGCCUCCUAAUGUCAAUGACAAUGUGGAGGAGGAUCCAAGUGGAACGCGUUCCCUGUGGGAUCGAAAUGCACUGGGUGGCGCUAGUCAAAAGUUGGAUAUGGUAUGUCAUUUCUACGUCGGUGAAGUGGUGACCCGUCUCCAAAAGGCAACUCUUAUUCCUGGUGGUUCUGAAGCAUUAGUAUACUCCACACUAUCAGGAUCCCUUGGAAUUCUCAUUCCAUUCGUCUCCAAGGACGCCUAUUCUUUCUUCCAACAUCUUGAGCUUCAUAUGCGCACAGAAAACAUCUCCCUCGUUGGUCGGGAUCAUCUACACUAUCGAUCACUCUACUAUCCUUGCAAGAAUGUAAUCGAUGGUGAUCUCUGUGAGAUGUUUAACGCGUUGGAAGCGGAUAAGCAGCGGGAUAUUGCCGAUGAGAUGGACAAGACACCCACGGACAUUGCUAAGCGUUUGGAGGACAUGCGUACUAGAUGUGCAUUCUAG